UUAUUUAGUCACCUACAGUUUGAUAAGAACAUUUACCAAUAUACCUUGUUUUGCACAUACUGUAUUCUCUGCUCAAUCGCCAGGUAUCUUAGACAUGGCUACUACACUGAAAGAGAUAUGUGUUGGUCUUCCCCAAGAUUUGCUUCCAGAAAACCGUCCUAGAGAUUUUUCUGUUCCACAUGCUCCAGUUCGAACACCCAAACUAUCUAACGAAGAAAAGAAACUAGCAUUGCAGAAUGCUUUACGAUACUUUCCACCAAAAUUUCACCAAGUCUUAGCACCAGAGUUUGCAGCAGAACUUCAAGACUAUGGCCACAUCUAUAUGUACCGCUUUCGUCCCAUCUUGAAUAUGAAGGCAUACCCGAUUAGAGAAUAUCCUGCAAAAUGUCUCCAAGCUGCUGCCAUCAUGCACAUGAUUAUGAACAACCUGAAUCCAGAAGUUGCACAGUUUCCUCAUGAACUUGUUACUUAUGGAGGUAAUGGACAAGUAUUUUCCAACUGGGUUCAGUUUCUGUUAGUUAUGUAUUAUUUGUCUAAUAUGACUGAAGAACAAACACUUGUGAUGUAUUCUGGACACCCGAUGGGAUUGUUUCCGAGCAACAAUUCAGCACCUAGAAUGAUUAUAACCAAUGGAAUGAUGAUCCCAAAUUAUUCAAGCAAAGAAAUAUAUGACAAACUAUUUGCUUUAGGAGUGACAAUGUAUGGACAAAUGACUGCUGGGAGUUAUUGCUAUAUUGGCCCUCAAGGAAUUGUACAUGGUACAACACUGACAUUACUCAAUGCUGCUCGUAUGUAUUUAAAAACUGAUGAUCUUUCUGGAAAGGUAUUUGUCACAUCUGGCUUGGGAGGCAUGAGUGGGGCACAGGCAAAAGCAGCAGUUAUUGCAGGUUGUGUUGGAGUUGUAGCUGAGGUUGAUAAAAAUGCCUUACUUAAACGUUAUAAGCAAGGUUGGUUAUUGAAGAUUGCUGCCAAUUUAGAUCAUUGUGUUGAUUUGAUUCGAACUGGUCGAAAAGAGAAAAAGCCAACAAGUAUUGGUUACCAUGGAAAUGUUGUGGAUUUAUGGGAUCGUUUGAUUACGGAAUAUGAAAACACUGGUGAAUUACUUGUGGAUUUGGGAUCUGAUCAAACAUCAUGCCACAAUCCUUUUGCUGGAGGUUACUAUCCAAUGCAGAUAACUUUUGAAGAAUCACAAAUAUUAAUGCAUGAAGACCCAGAGAAGUUCUGUCAAUUAGUGCAGGAAACUCUGAGACACCAUGUAAAAGCUCUGAAUAAGUUAUCUGAUCAUGGAAUGUUUUUCUGGGACUAUGGAAAUGCUUUUCUUCUUGAGGCUGGUCAUGCAGGAGCUGAUGUUGGGAAAUGUGAAACUAUGUAUGGAAUAAAAUUUCGGUAUCCAUCAUAUGUACAAGAUAUCAUGGGAGAUAUAUUCUCUCUUGGAUUUGGACCUUUCAGAUGGGUUUGUACAUCAGGAGAUAAAGAAGACCUUGAAAAAUCAGAUAUGAUUGCUGCAAAUAUUCUGGAAAAAAUAGCAUCAAAAACAAGUUCCGCUGUUGUGAGAGAACAAUAUAAAGAUAAUAUUCGCUGGAUUAAAGAAGCUGGCCAACAUAAAAUGGUUGUAGGUUCUCAAGCCAGGAUUUUAUAUGCUGACCAAAAUGGUAGAUCACAAAUUGCUCUAGAAUUCAAUAAAGCUGUGAAAGAAGGAAAACUGAAGGGUUCAGUUGUCAUUAGUCGAGACCAUCAUGAUGUCAGUGGAACUGAUAGUCCAUUCCGAGAAACUUCCAACAUCUAUGAUGGAUCUGCAUUGUGUGCAGCAUGACUCGAGAGUGACUCAAGAGUGACUCAAGAGUGACCCAAGAGCCAAGAAUUGCAUGUACUGGCACUUAUCAAUGAACAAAACUCUUGGCCCUGAAUUACUCUGUAAUUUCUGUCAAUCAAUAAAAGCUGCAUGUGACUGUGGUAAGAAGUUAGAUUUUCAACUAUAUGGUUCCAGGUUCAGUCCCACUGUGUGGCACAUUGGGCAAGUGUCUUCUACCAUAGCCUCAGGCUGACCAAAACCUUGUGAGUGAAUUUGGUAGAUGGAAAUUGAAAGAAGUUUGUCAUAUAUAUGUGUGUGUGUCUAUGCAUAUAUCUGUGUAUGUGUGUCUUUGUAUUUGUGCUUGUCCCCCGCCACUACUUGACAACUGAUGUUGGUUUAUUUACAUCCUCAUAAUUUAGUGAUUCAGCAAAAAUAGCCGAUAGAAUAAGUAGCAGGCUUAAAAAAAGUACUGGAAUCAAUUUAUUUGACUAAAACUUUCAAGACAGUUCCCCAAUAUGGCCACAGUCCAAUGACUGAAACAAGUGAAAGAUAAAAGAUUCCCAUGUUUUCAGAUCUAUUUUCCUCUUUGCAUAUCCAGACUUAACAAAAU